UGUAAUCUCAAGUUGUUGCACAUAUCAUUAAAAACAAAACAAUUCAAAUUUUAUUUAUUUACCAGGAACUUGAUCAAUAUAUUAUGACAUUUUAAUCAGGUUUGUGAGAGAGGAGUAAGAAGGCUGCAUUGUCUAGCCAUUAGGUUUUGUUGAAAUAUGACAACCAAUGCACAAACAAAGAAGUCUGAGUGGUCUGCAGAGGAGCAAAUAUACAACAAUAUUGUACAACAGUUGAUUGUCAUCCAUAACUCCUUCAACGAGAAAGUUAAACAAUUAGAGGCGAAAAUCGACAAUUUUGUCUCAAAUAUUAAAGAUAUCUUAUCAGAAAAUUCAAUCAAUGAAAAACGAUCACAUUGUUGUGAAGAAGUUUUGCAAAAAACUCUCAGGAAUAGAAAAUAUAAUCCAGAAUGUUUCCAAGAAAAGAGACCGAUCUGAGGAUAGGAAUGCAGAGGGAGGAGUGCCGGUGGUGGUGGUACCUAACUACAAGCCCCAGCCGCCAGUACUAGCAGACAAUGAAGGCACGAUACAGGUGAUCGCACUUAACAGUGAAGCUGACUAUCCCAACGGGUCCUGGCUGGGCAACGAGAAGAACCCAGAGGCCAGGGUUAGGGUACCUAUCACACCUUCGCAACUUCUCCACAUAAACUCCUUGUGCACCACUCCUGAAAAAAUGGCCAUUGUGCUUCUAGACUACCUUUUUUCUCAAGAAACUCAAGCCAAAUCAAAUUUGUCAGGAAAAGGCAAACACUUUAAGAAGCAACUGGACCCAUUAAAGAUCUAUGGCAUAAAAACACAUCUGAUUCAUAAGUUCAACAUCUCUGAGCGUGAUUGGUACAGAAUCAAACAAAAUAUUGAUUCAAAGUGCCGCACUGCAUGGAGGAAAAAGUCCAUGGGCAUACCGCUCUCCAAAAGUAAAGCAAAACCAACAACAAAUUCAGAAGAGGAACCUGUAGAAAAGAUUAUAAGAAGCAACUCAAUUGUAUUGGCUGGUCCAUUUAUAAGUGAAGAAAAUUCACAGGAACUCUCUUCUAUGAUAAUUGAAGACACAGAUUGUUUUACACUGACAGGUUGCUGUGAACAGACUCUGACAAUCAUCACAGACAGUGGAGAGGUCAAUGUUCCGAUAUUAAGCACAGAAGACAGUUUGAGUGAUGACCAUACUACAACAGAUGAAAUGCUUGGAUUAUCAUCAUAACUUGCCACUGUGCCACUCUAGGCUGCUAAUAGACUUUGAAAAUCAUCACAGACAGUGGAGAGGUCAAUGUUCCGAUAUUAAGCACAGAAGACAGUUUGAGUGAUGACCAUACUACAACAGAUGAAAUGCUUGGAUUAUCAUCAUAACUUGCCACUGUGCCACUCUAGGCUGCUAAUAGACUGAAAAUCAUCAAAGACAGGGGAGAGGUCGAUGUUCUGAUUUGAGCACUGAAGAGAGUCUGAGUCAUGAUCACAUUACAAAAGAUGGAAUUGUUAUCAUAACUUACCAUCUUAAACCGUGAAGAGGCCAAUAUUAUGGUGUUGAGCACUGAAGACAGUUCUGAGUCAUGAUCACAUUACAAAAGAUGGAAUUGUUAUCAUAACUUACCAUCUUAAACCGUGAAGAGGCCAAUAUUAUGGUGUUGAGCACUGAAGACAGUUUCUGAGUCAUGAUCACAUUACAAAAGAUGGAAUUGUUAUCAUAACUUACCAUCUUAAACAGUGAAGAGGCCAAUAUUAUGGUGUUGAGCACUGAAGACAGUUCUGAGUCAUGAUCACAUUACAAAAGAUGGAAUUGUUAUCAUAACUUACCAUCUUAAACCGUGAAGAGGCCAAUAUUAUGGUGUUGAGCACUGAAGACAGUUCUGAGUCAUGAUCACAUUACAAAAGAUGGAAUUGUUAUCAUAACUUACCAUCUUAAACAGUGAAGAGGCCAAUAUUAUGGUGUUGAGCACUGAAGACAGUUCUGAGUCAUGAUCACAUUACAAAAGAUGGAAUUGUUAUCAUAACUUACCAUCUUAAACAGUGAAGAGGCCAAUAUUAUGGUGUUGAGCACUGAAGACAGUUCUGAGUCAUGAUCACAUUACAAAAGAUGGAAUUGUUAUCAUAACUUACCAUCUUAAACAGUGAAGAGGCCAAUAUUAUGGUGUUGAGCACUGAAGACAGUUCUGAGUCAUGAUCACGCUACAAAAGAUGGAAUUGUCAUCAUAAGUUACCAUAACAAAUCGUGGAGAGGUCUAUAUUCUGGUGUUGAGCACUGAAGACAGUUCUGAGUCAUGAUCAUGCUACAAAAGAUGGAAUUGUCAUCAUAAGUUACCAUAACAAAUCGUGGAGAGGUCUAUAUUCUGGUGUUGAGCACUGAAGACAGUUCUGAGUCAUGAUCAUGCUACAAAAGAUGGAAUUGUCAUCAUAAGUUACCAUAACAAAUCGUGGAGAGGUCUAUAUUCUGGUGUUGAGCACUGAAGACAGUUCUGUCAUGAUCACGCUACAAAAGAUGGAAUUGUCAUCAUAACUUGCCAUCUUAAACCAUGGAGAGGUCAAUAUUCUGAGAAGGCAGUCUGAGUCAUGAAGACUACAAAAGGUGGGAUUGUCAUCAUUACUUGCCACUGUCUAACUCUGGCGGGCUGUGAACAGACUCUGACAAUCAUCACAGACAGUGGAAAGGUCAAUUUUCUGAUAAUGAGCACUGAAGACAGUCUGAGUGAUCACAAUACUACAACAGAUGAUAUGAACUCAUUAUAACCGUAAUAUAAUUGCAGCUGUUUAUCUGCCCGAAUAGAGAUUAUUUUCUUUUCUACUGCCACUUUUAAUUUGCUGAGAGGAAUGGCAGUCUCAGGUGCUAUCAUCAGGUUCAAGGCUGUGGCAUGUAAUCUGUAGAGGGUGCUAUGAAAGUGUCCAGGAUCAAGCUCCAGAGUUCACUAGAGGGUCAUAACAUUCUACCAGCCCAAUCAAUUAACUCAACUUCCAUCAAAACUUCACGGAUUGCUGUGUGCACUGACAAUCGUCACAGACAGGUAUUUGAGAGUUAAAUGUUUUGAUAUUGAGCACCAAAGACAGUCUGAGCACUCAACAACCUCUCAUCAGACAUGUUGAGACCAGCACUACUAAAAACUUGUAGUAGUUUCACUCUAAAUUGGAACAUUGAUGAACUCAAUAGACAAUGGAAAGGAGGAUUAGAUAUUAUUACUCCACAACUGAGUAAAGUAAUUAUCAUUGUAAUUUAUCAUGUUUCAUUUAUUGUGAUGCUUUGCAUAAUUCCUCAUAUAGAGACAACAGAGGAUUGAAUGUUUCCCCCACUGACAGCCAAAUACUACCACAAAAAUAAAAUCUUGAGUUGUCAUCAACACUUAUUGUACUCUGUCUAGUGUUGUUUUUAACAGCAAGUAAAAUAUAAACAGCAAUGAGAUAAGUUUUUAUAGAUGUAUAAAUAAGAUAUACUGUGUACCAAUUAUAAGAUUUUCAAAUCUUAAAGGUGUUUUUGGAACUUUGAUUUAAAACUGAAAGUAAUUCAUGAACAGUUAUUUGAAUAAAUAAAUGUGCCAUUUACCUUAGAAGACAAAGAUUUUCAUGUAUUUGUUAAAACUUGCAUGAAGUAUAAAGAUCACAUGUUUUUUUAUUAUUAUUUUAAAGUUCUUAUCUAUAUCAAACAGUAAGUGAAAAUUAAUUUUACAAACUUUCAUAUUGACAUUUCCUUAAUCGUCUAGACAUAUUAGAUUUUAUAAAAAUAAGCAAAGCAAACUGAUUUGAUUCCUAAAUCAUCAUUAACAAUGUCACUCUCUGUACUUGUAAGGCUGUUGUAGAAAGUUCCAGAUAGUAUAAUAAACUAAAAAACACAAAGAAUAAAUUAUAAUUGUAAACAAAUAUUUACAAGAAACUUUUAUAUUUAAUUUAUUGGAUUGAGUUUGCAUUAUAUAUGAAUUAUUUAUUUAUUUAUUGCCACCACAAUAAAAUAUGUAGUCAUAAAUAUUAUGAUUGACAUUAAAUGAUUUCAUACAGUA